GCCCCUCUCAUCUUGUAGAUUCCGACACUAGAAUCUCACCGGCCCGAAAUUACCAUGUAGCUUGUUUAUAGCUAUGGUGGGGAACUUGAUAUCAUCGAGAUAAUGAUAUGUAUUGACUGUCAUUGACAGAUGAAUCCGGAUUGAUCAACUCGUGAGAUUUGAUACGUUUACGAAUGGAAACGUCGAAUUGAACAUUAAAGUUAUCAGCGUUGUGCUUUGAAGUUGGUAUUAGUUCGCUCUUCUCAUGAGUUAUGUCAGUGUCAAUUCAACAGUAUCAAAAAAGAAACGUCACUCUGCAGCAGCUACCCGAUUACACCUCACCCAUAAAUUCAAAUAAGUAUACAGACUUCCUUGUUCUUCACUCCAGUCGACUCUACAAGCCGUAAACACAAUGUCACAUCCUGCUAUCCUUCUCCUCGGAACCUUCGAUUCCAAACGCGAGGAAAUCCUCUAUCUCCGCACCCAAAUCCUCACGCACUCCCAGCCCAAUACCCGAGUUCACCUCGCAGACGUAGGACGCGAGCCCGCCUCUGACCCCGAAAUAACCAUUCCCCAAUCCGAAAUCCUCUCGUAUGCCUCUUCCCCCCUCGACUACUCAACCCUUUCCCGCGGUGAAUACAUCGAGCACAUUUCCAUUUGCGCCACGAAUCUCAUACGAUCUCUUUUCGAAAAGAAGUCCAUCCAUGCUAUUAUCGGACUCGGUGGAUCAGGAGGAACAUCCCUCAGUGCAUCCAUCAUGCGCAACGGGCUACCUAUUGGAUUCCCCAAACUACUGGUAUCCACAAUGGCCAGUGGAAACACAGGACCAUACGUCGGAGAAACAGAUAUCACAAUGAUGUACAGCGUCGUUGACAUCGCGGGUACCAAUUCCAUACUGAAAGGAAUACUAGACAAUGCAGCAGGAGCGAUUUCCGGACUCGCGAAAGCAUAUUGGCUUCGAAACCAAGCAGAAGAGAAGAACGAGCCGAGAAAAAAAGGAAUAGGAUUAACCAUGUUUGGCAUCACCACACCCUGUGUGGAAAAGGUGCAGGAAAUUCUCCAAAACGAGCGCAAACUCAAAAAUGAAUACGAGAUAUACAUUUUCCACGCCACCGGCGCCGGAGGAAAAGCAAUGGAGAGAUUGAUACGCGAGAAACGCAUCGAUGCAGUUCUCGAUAUUACGACGACGGAAAUAACGGAUCUUGUUUGCGGAGGUAUAUUGUCAGCGGGCCCAGAACGACUCUCUGCCGCCGCCGAAAUGGGAAUUCCGCAAGUGGUGAGUGUGGGUGCAUGUGAUUGUGUUAAUUUUGGACCAAGGGAUUCGGUACCUGAGAGAUUUGGUGAGAGGUUGUUGGUGCAACAUAAUCCAGAAGUCACAUUAAUGCGAACGAAUAAGGAUGAGUGUGUCGAGAUUGGCAAGUUCAUUGCUGGGAGAUUGAAGGAGAAGGCUAAGAACAAGGAGUUGGUCAAGAUAUGUUUACCGAAGAAGGGAACGAGUAUUUUGGCUGUAGAGGGAGGUAAGUUUCAUGAUGUCGAGGCCGACAAGAUGCUAUUUGAAACUAUUCAGGAUGGGCUAGAUGGGACGGGAAUCGAGGUGCUGGAGAAAGACUAUGCUGUUAAUGAUCAGGAGUUUGCAAAGUUUUUGGCAGAUCAACUUGUGAAACUUGUUUCCAAAGCAUCUUGAUAAUGUUGGAUGGAGAGAGGAGAGAGCACCAGAUGAGAUAAUGAUUUACUUUAUACCCCUAAAUAUUAGUCAACUACCUAUUUCUUCGCCUCAUCAUCUCAUGAGCAUCUUUACAUAUCAUUCACGCCAUCUUAUCCAUAUAGGAAAAUAUUUGAAGAUUGGAGGCAACAUAAAACAAUUUCAAGAAAAUUGA